UUAACGAAGCUUUUUUCCAAAAUAAGCAUUAUUGAACGAAGGCAAGUUCGUUUGCCGAUUGCCGGAGUUUACGCGCUUCAAUCUCGUAAAUGGUGAAUGAAUAAACCGGCCACGGGGGACAGAUUGUAGCAAUCUGUGUGUAGCGUAGUUUCGAUAGCAAGCAGACCGACUCACUCUUCCGGCACAGCAGUGCGCAUUUCCCCGGCAAAACAGGGGAAUACAGCAAAUGGAAACAUCGAUGGAUGGUGAGGGAUGCGAUGAGACGCUGGGAAGGUACGGGCUGAAUACGUCGGGCGCAUUGGGUUCGAGCCAGCUUAGUUUUGAGAAUAACGUUUCAUUCGAACUGAAUCGUAAGAAACGCCGCAUAUCCGGCACGGCACGGGACGGAACGAACGAUACGAUGCAUGAGGGUAAUGUGAGCGCCGAUUGCUUUACGUCUACCGCCACCGGUUACACCUCGUCCCAGAUUGCUCAGAGUCCGUGGGAGUCGCGCCGUACAAAGGCGGAUUUGAUAGAGGCUCGUUCAAGGGUAACGUUUCUUAAGAAAGAAAUCGAACAUCUUAACACGGAGAUGGCAACGACGCAGCUACGCAACCAGCACAAGAUAUCGUCGCUGGAGGAAGAGCUCGCAUUUAGCGGCCAGAAGGUGGCCGACCUGGAGAAGCAUCUGCAGAUCCUACGCAAACGCGAGCAUGUCGCAAAGACGGAUCUAACGAAAACGCGCAACCAGUACCAGCAGCUGAAGCAGAUAGCCGACAGCCGGCAGUUCGAGCUGCGCCAGGCACUGCAAAAGAUGGAGGAAAAGUAUCAUCUGGAUACGCGCGAACUGAACACGGAAAUUCGCGACCUGUCCACCCAGGUAACCGAUCUCGAGCAACAGCUGUCGUUGGCACAGGACGAGCUCGACACGACGCGGGAGCUGAACGAUACGCUGCAGAGCAAGGCGGACGCUUACGAUCACACGAAGCGCGAGCUGGAGAACACACAGCUCCGUCUUUCGGAGGCAGAAUCGAGGGUAAAAACGCUCGAGUACGAGGUCGGUAGCUACGAGGACUGGCGGAGCCUGAAGAAGGUGUCCUCGGAACGGCUCGCGAACGUGAACGAGCUGCAGAAGGAAAACAUCCGGCUGACGGAGCAGUUGAAGCAUUUGCAGGACUUGAUCAAGAACAAGCUGCUGCUGGAGGAGCAGGUGAGCAGCCUGCGGACCCGCCUCGAACAGUUCGAACAGAAGGAAGCGGAAACGGCUUCGCUCGAGGUGCGCGUGAAGGAGAUUGAACGGGAGCUGGCGGAAUGGCGGCAGCUCGGGAAGGACUACUCACCGAAGGCGGGCCACGUGAGUCCAAUGUCGAUGCGUACCCACAUCGAGCAGAUUCUGCAGAAGGAUCUGGUCCUGACCAGCGAGCAAUCGUCCGCCCAGACGGAGAAGAACCACAGCCAGACGCGUAUCGACGAGCUACAGUCGGAGAAUGCGAAGCUGAACGGCCGGUUGGCGGAUUACAAGCGGGCCCAGGAAGGUUUGCAGAACAUUAUCCAUCGGGCGCAGAAGAAGCUGAAUCUGGUGACCGGCGAGCGGGACUAUCUGAAGCAGUUGCUCGAAUCGUACGAGAACGAUUUAACGAUUAGCCAUUCCGUCGUGGGCAGCGAGGGUGAAAAGAAGCAGCUUAGGGCACGCACCGAUAUGCUGGAAAAGACACUGACCGGGUACAAGGAGCUGUGCCUGAAGCAGGAAGCCGAACUGCAAGCCAACAAAGUGAUGCCCGAUAUCAGUUUUGUGCUCACGUCGGAACAGUACGAAAAGCUGCGCAAAGAAAUCGACGACCUGCGGACGGAAAACGAGCGGCUCAAGCGGCGCAAGGAGGAGCUCGAGGUCGAGGUGCACAACAUGACGCUGCGGGCGGAAAUUAAGCGCAACACGCCGGCGACGAGCACAAACCCAUCGAAGGUGGUCCGGUACAUCGACAGUCCCGCCGCGGAAGACAUUCGGGCGGAGCAAGCGUGCAAGCUAAAGCUGAUGGCCGAAAUCGAACGGCUGAAGCUGCACAUCCAGCGGCUCCAGGAAACGAACCAAGACUUGACCGAGUGUCUGCACAGCACGGACGAAACGGGCAACAUUACCGCGAAGAUUAAGGAGUCGGUCGAUCUGCGGAUGCAGCUGGCCGAGCUGCAGGCCAAGUACGAUCAGCGCAAGGAGCUGUUCCAGCAGUCGUCCGAAGACUUCCGAACGGUGGUGAAUCUGCUGUUCGGGUUCAAGAUUGAUCGGAUCAGCGGUAGCUACUUCCAGCUACGCAGCCAGUACGCCGAAAGUCCGGACGAGUACCUCAACUUUGCGCUGUCCCAGGACGGUUCCGUGCUGACGCUGCUCGAAUCGGACUAUGCCGCGUCGUUGCGCGAGCUGGUCGAGACGCAGUUCAAGACGCACAACUCGGUGCCGGUGUUUUUGAGCUCGCUGACGCUGGAACUGUUCAACCGUACCACCAGUACGGCCGGCGCGAUGAUGGUGCAGUACGCGGAUGGGUCCGAGUGAAGAGCCGCGCAGCAGUGUACAUUUUUACAUGAAACGUAUAGAAAUGGUGGAGGUGUGAAUGGAGGUUGAAAAGCAAGGGGCGGUUCGAAAUUCAAUCGUUAAUUAGCGUAAAAUAAAACCACAACAACCCGAAAAAGCGGAAGAAGAACUGCGAACCAAAA